UCGUGUGAGUGAGUGGGAUUCGUACAUAUGUGCAAGAGAAAUGUGCUUUGUAUAUAUAGAGUGAUGGAUUCUAAGUAUUCAGAGGUACCCAGACAGAGAGACUUACCUGGUGCUUUGGCCAUGGCUACAGUGAAGAAUCAGAAACUGCCGGUGUCUGAUCCCUCAAAGGGUGAAGAAAGCCGCAGUAAAGGCUCGGCCAUGACCAGAAAAGGAGCCUAUGCUGCCAUCUCUUACAUGGCCUCUGCAGUUCUCUUGAUAAUGUUCAAUAAAGCAGCCCUUUCUUCCUACAAUUUCCCGCGUGCAAAUGUCAUCACACUUUUUCAGACGCUAUGUUCAUGUUCAAUUCUCUACGCAAUGAAAUGCUGGAAGAUCAUUUCUUUUUCAAUGGAUGAAUCACAAAGCAUUACAUACAACCCAGCAACCCUUGUACCAUUUAAGACAUUGGCUCAAACUCUCCCUCUUGCAAUAUCAUAUUUGCUUUACAUGCUGGUCUCAAUGGAAUCUGUACGGAGCAUAAGUGUUCCCAUGUACACUACCCUCAGGCGAACCACCGUGGCUUUUACGAUGACUAUGGAGUAUCUCUUGACUGGGCAGAAGCAUUCCCCUUCUGUUGUUGCCUGUGUGGGGAUAAUUAUACUCGGUGCAUUUGUUGCUGGAGCUCGGGAUUUGUCAUUUGAUGUCUAUGCCUAUGCUGUUGUUUUCAUGGCAAACAUCUGUACAGCAAUAUAUCUAGCUUUGAUAGCUCGUAUUGGUAAGUCCAGUGGCCUGAAUACCUUUGGUCUUAUGUGGUGCAAUGGAAUCAUAUGUGGACCAAUCUUGCUGUUCUUGACAUCAAUCAGAGGAGACCUAGAAGUGGCACUAAACUUCCCUCAUAUAUUCUCCCCUGGCUUUCAGGUUGUGAUGCUUCUUUCCUGCAUUAUGGCUUUCUUAAUAAACUAUUAUGUAUUUUUGAACACCACUCUCAAUUCAGCACUCACUCAGACAAUUUGUGGUAAUUUGAAGGAUCUUAUUACUAUUGGGCUUGGCUGGCUACUAUUUGGCGGGCUUCCGUUUGAUUUGUUGAAUGUUAUUGGCCAAUCCCUUGGUUUUCUUGGAUCCUGUUUAUAUGCCUAUUAUAAACUCAAAGGAGAGUAAGUAUAUGAAGCUGCUGCAUGAAAGUUUUCCUUUUACCGGAGGUAACUAGCUCAAAUGGCUCAGUGUUGCUGCUUCUGUCAGCUGUCAAAUUUUGCUCUGAGGAUUAAAGGUUCUUAGGAAGCAUGUGAAAACAUAUAGAAAUUUCCUUGCAAUAUAGGAUGUUCUUGUUUCAAAUUACAAGGCAGGGCCUUUUAUAGUCCCACUCCCAUUGCAGGCGAUUUGCAGAUUAGAAUGAAAUGCGAAUUCAAUUUUCUUUCCUAUUUACAUUAAUUAAAACUCAGAGCAAACAUUAAGACUUCAGGUUCUAGUCAAAUUGGGAGAUCAGAUUAUAGAUGACAAA